AUGUUCUUCGGAGCGUUUGUGUUUCCAUCAUCGCCACUAGCUGUCUCUGACCCUAUGGUCUCAAACUUCCCGGUGUGUCGUAAACACCUAUCUAUUAGGUCGGUUUCUUCUCGGCAGCAAUAUACGAUUGCUUUCAUUGUACAGCAGAGAACACUUGACUGUUCAAAUUCCACGUCGUCAAAGUCCACGCGAACAUGGAAUACGGUCGGGAACCUGAAGAUGCUAAGGGGAUGGACAUGGCACCGGGGCAAUGGGAGGGCGGGGGUCGAACCAUAA